AUGGAUAGAUAUGGCCAUAAUGUUAGAACGGAUGUUAAAAAACAAGGUUAUGAAAAUUCAGAUUUGCCAAUUCUUUGUGAAACUUGUUUAGGAGAAAAUCCUUAUGUUCGACUUAUAAGAGAAGAAAAUGGAAAGGAAUGUAAAAUAUGUAAAAAUGCUUUUACUCUUUUUAGAUGGAAACCUGGACAAAAGGCAAGAUACAAACAAACAGUUAUAUGUGGUAUGUGCGCAAAAGUAAAAAAUGUAUGUCAAACAUGUUUAUUUGACUUGGAAUAUAAUUUGCCUGUACAAGUCAGGGAUAAAUUCAUUGAAAAUGCUAUUACCUUACCAGAGAAUGAAACUAAUAGAAAUUUUUUUUUGGAACAAAUGGAAAAAAAUAUGUCAACAUCAUAUAAUAAAGCUAAUCAUAUAAAUAUUGAUUUAUCAAAAUUAAAGAGAUAUGAUCCUUAUUUUAAAAGAAAUAUGGCACGCGUUUGUAGUUUUUGGAGAAACAAUUCUUGUAACCGUGGAUCGGAAUGUCCAUAUCUUCAUAAAGAAAUACAUUUAGAUAAAUCUUUGUACAAUCAAAAUAUUAAAAAUAGAUAUACAGGAGAAAAUGAUGUAUUAGCUGAGAAAAUAUUAAAAAAAUAUAAUAAAGAGAAUGAAGGUGAAAAUUUUAUGGCAAACACAAUUUGUAUUCAUGGAAUUAGUGAAUCCGUUAAUCAAGUAAAUAUUAAGGAAUGUUUUAAAAAAUAUGGAGAAAUAAAAUCAAUUAAAAUGAUACCAAAAGAUUGUAAAAUGUUUAUUUCCUAUAAAAAUUAUAGUUCUGCUAAAAAAGCCUCAGAAGAAUAUAAAGAUGGCCUAGAAUUAAAUGGAUGUAAUUUGACAGUUUUAUUGCAAGAAGAGAUUUAUAAUUCAAAUAUAAAAAAUCAGGGAAAUAUGAAUUUUCUAUCUAAUCAAAAAAAUUAUCAAAAUAUAAAUGUGCCAUAUAUGUAUUACCCUUUUUAUAGCAACAAUUUAAAUACAUUAUCACCAAAUGCUACUCCGUAUUCAUCUAUGAUCCCAUCUGAAGCAGAACAGAGAAAAUAA